CGUCUUUACGGCAGCACCGGCGUCUUUACGGCCCCCCGCUUUCUCACAACAUCAGACAACAUGGCCGCUGCGGAUCCGCGUCCCGCUGCUGGAGCGGUGUCAGCGGAGAACCAGGAGAGCCCUGCGGCGGGGAGACAUGCCGGGCCACCGGGAACCGCCCCCCGGGACAAGCCCGUGUGUCUCAUCGUGCUGGGCAUGGCGGGGUCCGGGAAGACCACCUUCGUCCAGCGGCUGACGGCGCACCUUCACUCCGUGAACGCGCCUCCGUACGUCAUCAACCUGGACCCGGCGGUGCACGAGGUCCCGUUCCCCGCCAACAUCGACAUCAGGGACACUGUGAACUACAAGGAGGUGAUGAAGCAGUACGGCCUCGGGCCGAACGGGGGCAUCGUGACUUCACUCAACUUGUUCGCCACACGCUUUGAUCAGGUGAUGCAUUUCUUGGAGAAGAAGCAGCAGAACCACCGCUACGUGCUGAUCGACACGCCGGGUCAGAUCGAAGUCUUCACCUGGUCAGCGUCUGGGACCAUCAUCACCGAGACGCUGGCCUCGUCCUUCCCCUGCGUGGUGAUCUACGUGAUGGACACGUCCCGCAGCGUCAGCCCCGUCACCUUCAUGUCCAACAUGCUGUAUGCCUGCAGUAUCCUCUACAAGACCAAGCUGCCCUUCAUCGUCGCCAUGAACAAAACCGACAUCAUUGACCACAGCUUCGCGGUGGAGUGGAUGCAGGACUUUGAGGUGUUCCAGGACGCUCUGAACCAGGAGACGUCGUACGUCAGCAACCUGACGCGCUCCAUGAGCCUGGUGCUGGACGAGUUCUACGCCCACCUGAGGGUGGUGGGCGUGUCCGCGGUGACGGGGAGCGGCUUGGACGAGCUGUUCGUCCAGGUGGAGGACGCCGCCGAUGAAUACGAGAGGGAGUAUCGACCCGAGUACGAACGACUCCGCAAACAGCUGGCGGCGGCUCAGAGCAGGAAGCAGCAGGAGCAGCUGGAGCGACUCAGGAAGGACUUGGGAGCCGUGGACAUGACGGCCGCGGCGCCAACGGAGGCAGCGGACACGCCCAGCUCCAGUGACCUCAUCAUGUCACGCGGUAACCCUGACGACAGCGAGGAGGACGAGGACAGCGACACGGACGACAUUGAUCACAGCGCAACGGAGGAGAGCAAAGAGGUCGACGCCUUUGGAAACUUCCUGAAAGAAAGGAAGGAAGUGGUUCAGGUCCGAAACAGAAAGUGUGCCUUGCCCGAUGACCCCUGACCUCUCACGCUGUCGGGACUAAAGACAUUGACAGAAGCACAGCCUGCACUUCCUGUCUGAUCAGGUGACCCCGUGACCUCGCUCGUUCACCGCAGCUCAUUGGCUGCUUCUCUCCCUGAUGAAAAAGAAGGAUAUAUUUUUUUAUCAUAAAAGACUCUUCUGUUUGUCUUGUGUUCCUGUUGACGUUUGUUUGUAAAAGUACUGAAGGGAUUUAUGUUGCAUAAAAUAUCUUUCAGUUCAAGUUUGCUUCUCUUUGUAACCAUCUGCCUCUACUUUAAGAACUGAAGACCCGGUUGCCGAUGGCAACCAGCCGCUCAUCGGUUUGACUUCAGCCGGAGCUCUGAGGGAUUUUCAAAGAGUAACUAAUCACGAAAGAAUAGCCGGGGUGCUGUGUGUGUGUGUGUAUAUAUUAUAUAUAUAUUUCUGAUAAAACCCUCAUUGAUUGUAGUGUUUGCGUGGACCCCACAGUGUAACUAGUGGGGUCCUUAACAAACAUCCGGAGCACAUCAGCAACCCAACGGUUUGACAACAGAUAGCUGUAAAAUGUCUCUUACUGUAGCAGUUGGCCAUGAAAAGUGUUUUCUAGUGACCAAACGCUAACGUCCUGUUAGCCAGUGCUAGCACGCUCACUGGGCGGAUUUACUAUGACAACUACAUUAUUCAAAUAGACCUCGUGGUUGCACAUGAAAUAAAUUGGUUCUAAUGAAGCUAUAAA